AUGAGAGAGACCGAGCGCUUCUACAACAUCGAGACUGAAGCAUCCCAGCUUGGGCUGGUCAAGCUCUCCCUCAUAGAGAGCAAGAGACAAGCCUUCAUCGCGAGAGCUAGGCUCAGGUCCUUCGCUGCCCCCUCGAUCACUCGCCUUAUCUGCUUCGACAGGCUGCUGUACACCUGCUCUGGGCUGAUUUCCGGCAGCACAUCGCAUGUCUCCGGGUCUAUCUAUCCCGCAAAGUCUCACUUCUCGCUGUAG